AUGGGAAUUCAACAAUAUAUGGGUAUCAUAAAGGUUAUCUUUUGCGUCAUUUCGGUUUUUCAAAUUUUGGCCGUAAUCAGCAAUGAAGAGAAGAAAACUCAGGAAGAAUUAAUUAGCCAACUCUUUGAUCCUACAUCUGGGCUUUUAAAUGAGGAUACGGCAGAGGUACUGAGGAUCGUAUGUUGGGAAGAGUUGAUUCGAUUAAAGAAAGAAGCUGGGGAUUUUGACUUAUGCCUCUCAAAGGAAUCUGAUAGAAACACCAAUGAAUUUAGUUCAGAAAUUGGCUCAGUAGCUAGAGAAAACAUCAAAAAAAUGAUUAAUGCAUGUGAUCCUCAAUUAAAGGAAAAUGUUCUUAACUGUAUGAGAAAAAAUAAUUUCCCAUUCCAUAAUCUCAAGGAAGAGGAUAUCUCCAAGAUUUGGCAAGCAAUAUACCUGGGAUCAUUUCCAUCUAGAAGAUAUUUGGGUCAAAUUUUUCCCCAACACCACGUAUCAGACACACCAAGCAAGGGACAUGAAUUACAUACAAGUAUUAAAGCUCAAAACUCUAAUAGCAAGAACGCUAACUCUUCAAGCUCUGGAACUAGUAUAGCAAUACCAAUAGUGGGAGUACUUUUAGUUGCAAUAUUGAUCUUUUUAUGUUAUCGAUUUUGUGGGAGUGGACAAGUUAGUCAAAAUGAUGAGAGACCCCUUCUCAGCAUGAGCAUGAAUGACUACUCAGUUGGUUCUUCUUCCAAUAAUAAUAUCUUGUACAAAAAUUCAAUAAAAGAAGGACAAAUUGAGAUCCACUCAUCAAGUAUUCAAUUGGGUGAUGAGCCAAGGAACUCAGUGCAUGAAGCUCAGUUAGGAAAAGUUGCUAGUGGUUGUGCAAGACCAUCAAUGGAGCUAAAACCUCCUCCUGGGAGAGCAGUAGUAAAUGGAAUGAUUCCUUUAAAACCUCCUCCUGGAAGGCCUGAUCUUCUUCCUCCUGAACCAAUUAAGCCUCCUGAACCAAUUAAUCCUCAUGAUAAUCCCAUUGUUCCUUCUUCUUCUCCUCCUCCUUCCUCUCCCCAUUCCCCUUCUCCUGCCCCUUCUCCUUCCCCUUCUGCUCCUCCCCCUCCUCCUCCUCCUCGUACACCAGCAAGGCCUACCAAUGCUGGCCCUCCCCCUCCUCCACCUCCUAGGGGUGGCCCUAGAGGACCACCUCCUCCUCCCGGCAAAGGUCCUCGACCUCCACCACCACCACCACUAAAGGGUGGUGGUGCUGGUAAACCUUCUCCACCACCCCCUAGAAAUGGUCGAGGUCCUCCAAGAGCUCCUCCUGGUCCAGGGGAAGAAGACGGCUAUGGAGAAGGUUAUGUUCCAAAAGCUAAGUUAAAGCCUUUUUUUUGGGAUAAGGUUCAAGCUAACUCCGAUCAAGCAAUGGUAUGGAAUCAACUCAAAGCAGGAUCAUUCCAGUUUAAUGAAGAAAUGAUUGAGACACUUUUUGGCUAUAAUGCUGCUGCCAAUGCGGAUAAAGGCAAAAGCCAACCAAAAAAAGAAGCUGCCUCCCAAGCAGCUACUCCCCAAUAUAUACAAAUCGUUAACGCAAAGAAAGCUCAAAAUUUAUCUAUUCUAUUAAAAGCAUUGAGUGUAACAUCAGAAGAAGUUUGUGAUGCACUUCUUGAAGGAAAUGAGCUUCCCACAGAAUUCCUUCAAACUUUGUUGAAGAUGGCACCAACUUUGGAGGAAGAAAAUAAGCUUCUACUUUUCAAUGGUAAUGUUGCCCAACUCACCCCAGCAGAUAGAUUCCUAAAAGCCCUAGUUGACAUUCCCUAUGCUUUUAAACGAAUGGAAGCACUAAUUUACAUGGGUACUUUUCAUGAGGAUCUAAAUAAUACUCGAGAUUCGUUUGCAAUUUUGGAGGCCGCUUGUAAAAAGCUAAGAAGCAGUCGAUUAUUCCUCAAGCUUCUUGAAGCUGUUCUCAAAACUGGUAACCGUAUGAAUGAUGGAACAUUUCGUGGUGGUGCACAAGCAUUCAAACUAGACACACUACUGAAAUUAUCUGAUGUAAAAGGAGUAGAUGGAAAGACCACAUUGUUGCAUUUUGUUGUUCAAGAGAUAGUGCGCACUGAGGGCAUAAGAGCUGCACGCAUGGCAAAAGAGAACCAUAGUUUCUCUAGUAUAAAAACAGAAGACCUUCUUGAGGACAUCUCUUGUGAAUCAGAUGAACAUUAUCGUGAACUUGGCCUUCAAGUUAUUUCACAUUUAAGCACUGAACUUGAGAAUGUAAAGAAAGCAGCAGCUUUAGAUGCUGAUGGCUUAACAGGAACAACUGCAAGAAUAGGGCAUGGUCUCAUAAAAACAAGAGACUUUGUAAACAAAGACCUGAGCAACAUGAAGGAUGAUAAAGGGUUUCAUGAGACUGUGAAGAGUUUCGUGGACAAAGCUGAGGAUGAUGCUAAAAGUUUGCUAGAAGAAGAGAAGAAAAUUAUGGCUCUAGUGAAGAGCACUGGUGAUUACUUUCAUGGGGAUUCAGGGAAGGAUGAAGGGUUGAGAUUAUUUAUAAUAGUACGUGAUUUCUUGCUAAUGUUGGAUAAGGUGUGCAAGGAGAUAAAAAUUGCUGCACCAAAGAAGCCACCAGCAAAAAAUCCAAAGCAAGAAACAUCUAAUCAUUCUAGAAAACCUUCUUCCUCUGAUUCACUUCCUCCUUCUCAUGAUUUACUUCGUCAGAAAAUUUCUCCAGUAAUCGCAAAUAGGAGGACAGAUGACUUUAGUUCAGAUGAUGAGAGUCCUUAG